UUGGGGUCUGAGAAUAAACCCAAAUCGAGGGGAGGAACUUUUCAGAUUCAUCUUUGUAGUUUUCGAAGACUGUCACGUUUUUUGCAAGUGCUUGCGCUACCGCUGCGCCUACCUCAUUCUCUUGAGGGAUAUUGCUAUAUGCUUUUCAUCGUGAUAUUUAUACGCUACCGUUUCCCGUCAGUGUUUUGGGUGUGGGUCGAAGUUCGUGGAAACGAAGCAUUUCCAUAACUGACCUGGGAUGUGCUGUCUGUGAGAUAUAUUUUUCUCUGUAAGCUCAGAGAGAAAAAACAGAGGGUAGUAUGAGUGAAGAAGAUAAUGGAAGAAACGGUAUUGAAACUGAGGGGGAAGAUAAUCUGUGGGCUAAUGUUCCAAAAUCAAAGAGGCUAAGUGGGCGUGCGUUUAGACAGUUUCUAAUAUCACGGGCCAAAAGGGUCAAGAAAUCAGAUCAUUCAGUUGUGAAAAGCCCUAGGCCCGCUCAAAGUGGGGGAGAUAUAGCUGACCCAAUCCUAGUGGACCCAGAUGACACAACAGAUGAACGUAGCUCUCGUUCUGGUUCAGGUUCUGGUUCAUCCCCUGUUCAAGAAAGGCUGGAUUUUGUGCUGAGACGGGUGAUUGAUAUUGAUCAAGGUCAGGCGGACAUAAGUAAUGGUUCAAAUCAAACUGCAUUGCAGAAAAGGAAGCAAAAGCUGGAAAAUCAAUGUAACUUGAACACGUCUGUGCAGAACAAAAUUUUGGCACAAUCUGCCGCAAAUGAACUCGAGUCUACCACGAGUUUUGUUGAGCACUGGGUUCCUGUCAGGCUCUCAAAUGUUCAAAUUGAACUAUAUUGUGGCUAUCUCUUUUCAAAUGCACCAGUAUUAUGCUCUCCUCUAAAGCAUGAGGCCUCGGAUUUCCUCCGUGACACACUUCUCUCUAUCAGAAAGUGUUGUGAUCAUCCUUAUCUUGUGGACUCGUCUUCGCGUACCUCUUUGAUACAAGGGCUUCCUGAAUGUGAACGGUUGGAUGCAGAGAUUAGGUUGAGCAACAAAUUGCUUCUCCUUUACAAGAUGCUUCUGGAGAUAAGAAAUCGAGGAUUGAGAGUACUUAUCCUUUAUCAGUUACAUGAGGGCACGGGAUGCGUUUCAAUUGGGGAUAUCUUGGAUGACAUUAUUCAUGAAAAGUUUGGGAAGGAUUCUUUUGUACGGAUAGUUGGAGGGUCAUUGUAUCGGGCUAGAAGGCGUGAAGCGUUAAAAAACUUCAAUGAUAAAGGGAAUGGCAAUUUUGUUUGCUUGAUGGAAACUCGGUGCUGUGUUCCAGGUGUGGAACUUUCAAAUAUAGACACUGUUGUUAUCUUCAACAGUGAUUUGGACCCUAUGAAUGAUUUGAGGGCUUUGCAGAAGAUAAAGCUAGAUUCCAAAUUUGCGGCCGUGAAGAUCUUUCGCUUAUAUUCAUCUCACACUGUGGAAGAAAAGGCACUGAUCCUUGCCAAGCAGGGCAAGUCUCCAGAAGGCAAUAUAGUAAAUGCAAAGCACAGUAUGUACCAUGGCAUGGUGACAUGGGGUGCCUCCUAUUUAUUUAAGAUGCUAGAUGAGUUCCACAACUUAAGUAUUGAUGAUGCACGUUCUCCUGCUUCUUAUAAGGACUCCUUUGUGGAGGAGGUCUUAACUGAAUUGUUGGCCUUAUUGUCCAGCAAUAAUAAGAGUAACACUUGUAAUAGAAAAUCAGUUAUCGUCAAAGUACAGCAGAUUGGAGGUCUAUAUUCUGGGAACAUCUCUUUACUCGGUGAAGUAGAAUUGCCUCAUAUGGACAAUUUUUCGACAACGGAGGGGAUGCUAGUCACAGAAGCACCAAAUGUUUUCUGGACAAAACUACUAGUGGGAAGGAACCAAAGGUGGAGAUACUUUUCCCGUCAAUCACCAAGGACUAGAAAAAGAUGGCAAAACAUUGAUGGUUUGGCCGAACAAUCUGUCAGGACAGACACAACUUCCAAGGACUGCAGAAAGGCACCCAGAACCAUUGUUCAUGGAAUUUCUGCAAGCAAGACUCUAGAGAUGCUUUACCGUCGAAACAAACAAACCAAAGAUCCAGGCCAAACAAGAGACGGUUUAGUCCACCGGAAAGCUAAACACAACACAUUAGCACUGGACAGAAGGGUAGAAGCAGCCCAACAAAAUGAAUCGGAUGAACCAAUUACAAAGGAACCACAGUCCCUACUGCUGCCUGAUCAACAUAGUCAUAUCCCUUCAUGCUCAACCAGUCAAAAUGAUCAUAUCGGCCCUACUGAACAAUCUGUUGAGACUUCUUCCAAACGGCUGAAAUCUUCAGUUCAACAUUCAAGAAAAGAGAUGCCUCUGCAAAAUGCACGUGCUGCACUAUCUACAGUGGAAGAUGGAGAAGAAUCAGGCACUAUCAAUCAAGCAUUUGUUUCACCUACAGUGGAAGAUGAAGGAGAAUCAGGCACUAUCAAUCAAGCAUUUGUUUCACCAACUUCUUUGAGUUGUGGGCAUCCAAUUGCCUCUCAAAUCUCCAGCAUUGAGGCACGAGAUUCUGUUUGUGGUCAUAUUCCUUCUUGCACAAUCAGUGAAAUUCACUAUCAUGAUGGCCAUAGAAAUUCAACCUGCCAAUUGGAAUUUUCUGUUCGACAACCAACUAGGGAUGAGCCUCUGCAAACUGCAUACACAGAACCACCCACGUUGGAAGUUUGGGGAGAACCUGGGAUUGUUAUUCAGGUCCUUAAUUCACAACCUAUUUUGAAUUGUGAAAAUCCAGAAGCCUCUCAAAUCACUGGCAUUGUGACACCAGAACUUGAAUGUAUUGAACUCCAAAUAGAAUUGGACAGACUAAAGAAACAGAGAGAUGAAAGUUUAAAACUGCAUUUAGACAAGAAAGUGGAAUUGCAAAUGGCAUGUGAGAAGGAAGUUGAUCAAAUUCGUAAAAAGUAUGAUAUGCUGCUUCAGAAUGCUGAUGUGGAUUUUGUGGAGGAGACUAGAGUUCUUGAAGCUAGAUGCGACAUGGUCCUUAAACAUAAAGUGUUAGCUGAGGUUAUCAUGAAGAAAAGUAGUUUGAAAGAUAUAACUGUCCCUCAAGUAGCUAGUAACUUUAUUCCGGAGGAGCUUGGAUCGAGCAUGAAUCGAGGCACUGAAGUGGGUCAUUCGGGUCCUACAGUCAGCUCAACUCAAAACAUUCCCACCUCCAUCUCAAGCAACAUUUAACCGGGCUACCCUAUCAGAUCCCCUGCUCCACACCUUAGGAAUAUGGUGCGUGCUUUGCCUGUUACAGCACCAACAGCAUCAACUCCAAAAAGGACUAUCAUUUCACCUGUCAGACUUCAGACUGUUCAAUCUAAUACAGAAACUCAGGGUGCAUGGGGACACGCCUCAAACUGAUUAUUGAAGAUAUUGAUAAGCAAUUGCAGAAACAUUUGCGGGUACAUCCUUUCCUAGACUUCUCCAGAGUUCUAGACUGCUUCCCUUAAAGUGAACACCAUAUGAUUGUGUACAAAAUAGGAUCAAAAGUUUACAGGUACUAGAUGCUACUAGAUUAGCUAGAUUUUUGUUGACUCUAGUUGAUAGCAUGGUGUACUGAUCAAUGAGCAACUAACUGCUGUUUUGGAAACUAGCUAUGCAGAACAAAGUGAUAUAUAUAUAUUUUUUACAAAGUGAGAUAUUUGCAAUUGUUAAUUGCUUAAUCACUGUUUUUGUUAUACAUUAUUUCUAACCUUCUGCAAAUAUAUAUGCUUAAACUGUUUUCAUACCUUAUGUAUAUUUUUACUGCUUUAAUCAACUCUAGACAAACAAAUCAAAUCCAUAUGUGAUUCUGAGGGGCUAUCAACUUGAAGAACUGGAAAAUUAAGAUGAUAAAUAUAGUGGAAAUAUGCUAUCUCUUGAAGCUGUUCAAGAGAAAAUGUUUGAAUUUCAUAAGUAGGUUGCAUAUGCUUUACUGCAUCAGAUGCCAUGGUUAUGAUAAUAAAAAUAGCAUGAGCUGAGCAAAAAUACUAACAAAUUUCGUCAUAUUGAUUGUUAAAGUUGGCAAGUAUGAGUGAAAAAGGGAAAAAGCUGUGAAGGAGGAAAAAGCAAAGGGUAGAAAAAUGUACUUGAGAAAGAAAGUUAGCACUUAGCACACGCUGGAUUAAAAUAUAAGAGGGUCUUAACUAAACCUUGAGCUACAUGUGUGUUAUGCCCACCAACAUGUGCAUCUCAUUCACACUUAUUCAAAGCCCACUUGAUAAAUCAAUCCUCAAGCAAUCAUAAGUCUGUCCUUGUCUUUUGCUGCAUCUGUGGAGUAUAGGUAGCGAGUGUAUCUUGUCAUGUCGUGACAUCAAUCUUGAAAUUUUCAUUCACUUCCUCUUCUUGCUUUGAAUGAAGCUGCAGCAUCAAUUUACUAUUCUGUUUGUGGGCUAACCUCUGUUAACAGUCUAUUGAUAGGUUUUUAUAUCUGUUCCAUGUCAUUCUGUUUGGAUGACAUCAUGUCCUACUCCAUGGAAUAGUUCUUCAACAAAGAGAUUAUAUAUCAUAAAGAAGCUGUCGUUCUUCAUUAUGCAAAGGCAAAAAUAGGGGGUUUACCUAGUGCGCACUUUCGGUAGCGACUGCAGA